UUUAUAUUUAAAAUUCGUGAACCAGAAUCUAAAACGAAGAAUCUAACUCUCGGAAACCAAAAAAGAAAAAAAACACACAUUUUUCUCCGCGAUUCGGCAAAGCACCAAGUGAGUUUUUCCUAAAGAUCAAAUUUUUUUCCAGCCUUGAGAUUGUGAUGGGAGUUGUGUUUAUUUCAAGUUCAGCUGCAAGAUCACCACUCGGUUUAAGCACUGAUCUUUUCACGACACAUCGGUCUUCUUCGCUUAAAAAACCAUCCAUUGUCGCGUUUAAAGCCGAUGAUUCGAGCAAUUCAGCUUUGAUAAUUCCUCCUAGAGAACAAGUUUUGAUCCCCGCGGAGAAGCUUAAUGAGAAGAAGAAAGUAGUCACGAAGAGGAAGCCGUGUAAAACCCCGAAAAAGCCGAGUUCUUUGGAUCACAAUGUGGCUCCUUCUUGUUCCUUGGGUGUGGAUUACAAUGAAGCUGCUGCUAGACUUGAAAACAUAUACAAGCUGAGUCCUACAACAACCAUAUCAGACGAUGAAGCUGUUGAUGACGGCGGCUCCAAGGGGAAAGUUUCGCCGAGGAGAAAGCGGAAACAGAGAGGUGAAGAGAAGAAAGUAGUUGUGAGGAACAAUGUGAAGAAAGAUAAGCGUUUGAGUCUUGAUAAACGGAUCGCUUUGAAAAGAAACUGUCAAGAGAAACCAUUUGUUGCUUCUGCUGAGAAGAAAGUAACAAAGAAGCAGCAAGAAGAGGAGAAGAUCGAUAUGCUUGUGCGGGACUAUUCAGUUUCUAAUGAUAUUUUGAGCUUGGACUGGAAAAAAAUGAAGAUACCUCCUGUUCUUUCUUCCACUGAACAUGCUUGGUUGUUUAAGUUGAUGCAGCCUAUGAAGGCUCUACUUGAAGUGAAAGAUGAACUGCAAAAGAGCUUGGGAAGAGAGCCGAGGGAAGCUGAAAUAGCUGGGGAGAUCAAAAUGACCACCGGUGAAGUGAAAAAGAAAAUUGAAAUAGGUAGAGCUGCAAGAAACAAACUUAUUAAGCACAAUCUCCGGCUUGUCUUGUUUGUUAUGAACAAAUAUUUUCAAGAAUUUACCAAUGGUCCUAAAUUCCAAGACCUUUGUCAAGCUGGUAUGAAAGGGCUUAUCACAGCAAUUGACCGCUUUGAGCCGAAAAGGAAGUUUCGUCUUUCGACUUAUGGUUUGUUUUGGAUCAGACACGCCAUCAUACGGUCUAUGACAACCUCCAACUUUACUCGCGUUCCAUUUGGACUGGAAUCGGUUAGAGUUGAGAUCUAUAAAGCGAAAAUGGAGCUAUUGUUUGAGCUGGGGAGACUCCCAACAGAGGACGAGGUAAUUAAGAGACUCAAGAUAACACCUGAGAGAUACCGUGAAGUCUUGAGGGCCGCAAAACCGGUUUUCUCACUAAAUUCAAAACAUGCGGUUACUCAAGAAGAAUUCAUCAAUGGGAUCACAGAUGUGGAUGGUGUUGGAGCUGACAACAGGAGACAACCUGCUCUUCUCAGGCUUGCUCUCGAUGACGUGCUCGAUUCAUUGAAGCCGAAAGAGAGUUUGGUUAUUCGACAGAGGUACGGUCUUGAUGGGAAAGGAGACAGGACUCUAGGAGAGAUAGCUGGAAACCUCAACAUCUCUAGAGAAAUGGUGAGGAAACAUGAAGUCAAGGCCUUGAUGAAGCUCAAGCACCAGGCUCGAGUUGAUUACCUUCGUCAAUACAUUGUCUGAAACCAAACUAAGCUGAACCACCAGGCUCAGCCAUUUGUGCAUACUUGGUAUGACUUCCCGAAUUCACGAGCCAUCUUAUAACCGUUGUAUAGUUGUGUAUGUAAUAUCAGAGGUACUUAUAGCUGCGUUGGAUCGAUCCAUGAAUCACAAUCGUUGUAUUAUAUCAUUACUACACCUAUACUGAAAAGAAGUUAUACAUGUAAAGUUUGAGACA